AAACAUUCUCUCAGACUUUCCGUAACGGACGGGAUUUUCGCCACCCGGUUACAAUGUCUGCGUUCAGCGCUCUCAGAUCGUCGAAACUCGUCUCAUGGAAACCCGUUCAGACUCUCUCUCAUUCUUUUUUUUAUCAACUAUCCACUCUGUGGUUCCGUAGAAAAUUCAACUCCUUUAAACGUACGUUGGGUUACACUUACACUAAGCUCUUUGAAUUUGAUGUGUUUGUGCAGACCGGGAGGCUUCAGCAAACCCUAGCGGGUUGCGUGGAGCGGAGCGGCGUGGCUUUGCAUUCGGGAAAUGUUUCGACGGUAAGACUGUGCCCUGCACGCGCUGGCCGAGGCAGGUUCUUCGAUUUUUGCUCCAAUGACUUUCCCGCCUCUGUUGAUUUCGCAGAGGUUUCGCCUCUCUGCACCACUCUGUGCAAAGGCGGCUUCCGAAUUCGAACCGUGGAGCACUUGCUCUCUGCGUUGGAGGCCACUGGUGUCGAUAAUUGCCGAAUCGAGCUGCACAAUUUGGAUGCUCAAAGUCAAGGGCAUGAAGCCGAGAUUCCUAUAUUUGAUGGAUCAGCAAGGGAAUGGGUGGCAGCAGUAGAAGAAGUUGGUUUAAAGGUGGCAGCUGAUCUUUAUGGGAAUAGUGUUGAGAAAAUGGCACCACAUGUGAAUGAACCAGUGUAUGUUUCAAGAAAUGAUUCUUUUGUUGCUGCAUUUCCUGCAGAUGGGGUUCAGAUAACUUAUGGCAUCAACUUUCCACAGGCACCUGCUAUUGGCUGCCAGUGGUUUUCUACAGCCCCUUUGGAUAAUUUGGCUUAUUCCAUGCAGAUAGCUUUGUCCAGAACCUUCUGCAUUUAUGAAGAGGUUGAGCAAAUGCGCAAUGCUGGACUUAUCCGAGGAGGUUCUUUAGAAAAUGCCAUUGUGUGCAGUGCCAGUAAAGGUUGGUUGAAUCCACCUCUGCAUUUCAGUGAUGAACCAUGUCGUCACAAGAUCUUGGACCUUAUUGGUGAUCUCUCGCUGUUUGCUCAGUUUGGGAAUCAAGGACUCCCCGUGGCACACAUUGUAGCUUAUAAGGCUGGUCAUGCAUUGCAUGCUGAUUUGGCACGUCGCCUAAUGGGAAUGAUUUGAGAGGCUAACAUGUUGCUAUCAAUUACUGAGAAGCUGUUGCAGUUGUAGGUGAAUUUGUUGCAGUUCAAACACUAGGAGCUUCUCUGCACCAAAUGUUAUAUCGAGUAGAAAAUUUUUUUUUGCUCUAGGAUGCUUGAAGAUAACUCUUUGAAUCAAUCAAAUAAUAUAUCUCCGUGAUGCAUGUAAAGAAAACCUUUAUAUUUAUGGUCAAUAUGCUCACUUUAGUGAGUUUAAAGACUAGCAUUGGUUUAUUUGAAAAAAAAUAAAAAAUACUUGCAUUGAUAACUUU